UUGCAUUGUAAUUCUGUAUCAUUGGUUGAUGAUGGUAAGAUUUUUAUUUUUUUAUUUUUUUUAUAGCUUUAAUAGCUUUUAAAAAGUUAGUUUGAAACCAACUUGCCAGAUUGGUUGAUACCAAAAUUAUGGUUUAUGACUCACAGUGUUGGUUUUAGUUUGAUCCUUUUUGGAAGUCUAUUGGGUUUUGAGUUGGACUUCAGAGGAAAGGUGUCCCAUUGAGGAUGUGGCAUUGGUUGUGCCAGAGACUGAUGACCCAUCAAUCCCAGUGAUGACUUUCAAGAUUUUGGGAUAUGGAUGGGCUGGAAUGCUUAGGAGAUACCUUGUUGAUCCUGUUGAGAUGUCGUGGCCUGCACAUCUUGCUCAAGUUUCUCUGUUUAGGAAGGCAAUCAAGGAUUUAUCAGCUGGCUUGGGCAUUGAGAAUGAUGACAUUGAGUGUUUGUAUUUACGAGCUUCUUGUUACCACGCUAUUGGCGAAUAUAGAGAGGUGGUCAAGGACUAUGAUGCUGCUUAGACUCAAUGGAAAAGUUUGUGCUUCAAUGCUUGGCCUUUUAUCAGGUUUGCUUUGAAAUGAAUAGUACGCUUUAAAUGCUCCAAAUGCCCUGGACAUAUUGAAAGGCAAUAUAAUUGUAUGGAGUUCAAUUGAUGAUAGAUGAAAAAUUGUAUUUAUCAAAAUAAAUAAAUAAAGGAAAAGUUAUAGAAAGGUUAUGUGUAAAUUCAUGAUGAAAGCCCUGGUUGAUCUUUGGUUUUGCAAUUUAUUUUUCAUUUUAUUGGGAACAAGUUGUAGGAGAUUGGAUUAGUGGAAUUUACCAGUGAAUAUCUAUUG